AUGGCAAGAUGGAUGGCGUUUGAGAUUCAUACAUGUCUGCUAACCAUCAAUGCAUAUCAUGGACCUUUCAGCUUUCUCCACCUAGACUUCCAUGUCCGGACAUCCAUGUCUCAUAAUAUUUUAGCCCCCACGAAACUCGCGCUACUCGCCCACGACCAACACGUUUCGGACUUUCCGCCCUCUUCGAGUCGUCUCACUAAGUUGCCACUUUGCAUUUCUAUUUUAUUUUCUCCCUUCGACCCCAACCCGAACGAUGUGAUGUCCUGCAAUUUCCAUUAUGGCGGCGCGUUUGAGACAAUUAUGUUCAGCUCCAGCGCCCUCGGUCUUGCCAAGGGAGCUGGAGUUGGUUCCUCGCUAAACGAACCUUGGAAGUUCAACCUGCCGGAGUGUCAGCAUGAAGCCGUGUCCCGUGAUCCCGCUCUCGCGCCAAUGGAUAAAGUGGCAGGAUACAAAACGGCACAGCGCUUUGCAUCGUGUUACGAGGCUCAGGAACAGACUGAACAGAUUGUGUUCACACCGUCGGAGCACUCCUUGAUAUCCUCACCAUCUAGUAUUCCAGAAGGGAAAAGCUGGUAUCUACGAUGCCUGGUAUAUACAACAUAA